GUUGCUGACGUCACCAUGCAGUGAGCGCCUCAGCUGCUUUUCCUGUGUCCAGGGAAGGCAGAUGUGCUGACAUGGAGAACCCUAGUUUCUCCGGUGUCUUCUACAAGUUCUGCACUUGGCACUUGAUGUUCAGGAGUAGGAUCCGUCCACAGUUAACUCUGUGCAGAUGCAAAGUGUUUGCCAUCGACACAGACUUGUAGAUGCCUUGACCGUCCAGUAACGUGUGUUAGAAGUGCUAUGCAGGCAGGUUUGAUAAUACCGUGCAGAGAAAAGAUACAUUACUUAAACCUGAGUUUGGAAGCCUCCAAUUGUUUAAUCUCUUCUUAGACAAAGAUGCAAUGACCUAUGAGGAUGUGCAUGUGAACUUCUCUCGGGAAGAGUGGGCUUUGCUGGAUCCUUCUCAGAAGAGUCUCUACAAGGAUGUGAUGCUGGAAACCUACUGGAACCUGACUUGUAUAGGCUACAUGUGGGAAGACUGCAAUAUUGAGGAUCAUUGUCAAAGUUCUAGAAGACAUGGAAGGUGUAUCAACUGUCCCUCUGCAUAUGGAAAGAAGCAGUGUACCAAUCUCUUUCCUAGAACAAUUAGAAGAAGAUAUGUAGUCACCCCCUUUGUGAGAAGAGGAGGUGAAUGUGAUACAAGUUUACAAGUACUUGGUUUUCCAGUUUCAGUGGGAAUACAUCAAAAUACUGACCGUGGAGAAAAGCCCUCUGUGGACAAGGAAAGUGGAAAAUCUCCUGUCUGUCCUGGUUCACUUUGCACAUGUAGAGUGACUCACUCUAUAGGAGAAUGUUAUGAAUGCAGUCAGUGUGGUAAAGCUCUGAGUUGUUCUCUUCAGAGACGUGUCCAAACUCAUAUGGGAAAAGGAAAUGAUAAAUGUGAGCCAAGUAGUAAAAGCUUAACCCAUCCCAGGUAUCUUCAAAUACAGAAGACGGCCUAUAAUGAAGAGGACCUCUAUGUGUGGAAUCAAUGUGGUAAAUCCUCUUUACAACUACACCAAAGAAAUCAUUUGGGAAUGAAAUCCUGUGAAUAUAAUCAUGAAGAUAAACUCAUUUCACAUCAGAAUUGUAAUCAAGUAGGUAGAACUAAUACUAGAGACACAAAGCAUGACUAUCAUCAAUGGGGUAAAGCCUUCACAUGUCCCAGUUAUCUUCAAAUAUAUGAAAGAAUUCAUACUGAAGAGAAACCCUAUGAAUGUAGUCAAUGUGGUAGAGCCUUUACAUGUCACAGUACUCUUCAAAUCCAUGAAAGAAUUCAUACUGGAGAGAAACCCUAUAAAUGUAAUCAGUGUGAUAAAACCUUUGCAUGUAAGAGGUAUCUUCAAAUCCAUGAAAAAAUUCAUACUGGAGAGAAACCCUAUAAAUGUAAUCAGUGUGGUAAAACCUUUGCAUGUAAGAGGUAUCUUCAAGUACAUGAAAGAAUUCAUGCUGCAGAGAAACUCUAUAAAUGUAAUCAGUGUGGUAAAGCCUUUGCAUGUAAUAGUUAUCUUCAAAUGCAUGAAAGAAUUCAUACUGGUGAGAAACCCUAUAAAUGUAAUCACUGUGGUAAGGCCUUUGCAUGUAACAGCAACCUUCAAAAGCAUGAAAGAAUUCAUACUGGAGAGAAGCGGUAUAAGUGUAAGCAAUGUGGUAAAGCCUUUGCAUAUAGCAGCAAUCUUCAAAAGCAUGAAAGAACACAUACUGGAGAGAAACCCUAUAAAUGUAAUCAAUGUGGUAAAGCCUUUACAUGUCACAGUAGUCUUCAAAUCCAUGAAAGAAUACAUACUGGAGAGAAACCCUAUAAAUGUAACCAAUGUGGUAAACCCUUUGAUCGUAAAAGGUAUCUUCAUAUUCAUGAAAGAAUACACACUGGAGAGAAACCCUAUGAGUGUAAUCAAUGUGGUAAAUCCUUUGCAUAUAGCAGUAGUCUUCAAAAGCAUGAAAGAAUUCACACCGACAAAAACAUCCCCUAGCCAUCUAAGAAAUGAGGAAUAACUUUCCAUACCAAAUUCAAUUUCCCCACUGAGCUCUCUCACUAGUGCUUGAUUAAGAUUACUAGAUCCGCCGGGCGUAGUGGUGCACGCCUUUAAUCCCAGCACUUGGGAGGCAAAGGUGGGUGGAUUUCUGAGUUCAAGGCCAGCCUGGUCUACAAAGUGAGUUCCAGGACAGCCAGGGCUAUACAGAGAAAUGCUGUCUGGAAAAAAAAAAAAUUACUAGAUCCAUUCCUUCUUUAAAAUAUUGUCUCCUUUUCACAUUUUAUACGUAUUCAAAAAAUAUAGGAAUAUCAUAUAAUUUGAAUAAUAAAAAACUGUGAAUGAAAAUUA